AUGAACCCGCCUGAGCACCCCGCCAACCGUACGUCGACACUGUUGAAGCGCUUCUCCGUUAUCUUGGACCCUCUACCGGGUCUCUCACCGACACUACUUGCGCAGUCGGCCUCGCCUGACCCCACCGCCAUGUCGCAGGACUCUCCAGCGCGCAUAGACAGCUCUGCCACCUCCUUCUUCGGGUCCAGCGGCACAAGCCUCGUUACGGUGCCACCCGCGCCACCGCAGGAGCAGGCCCCACUGCAGCUCCGCCGUCUCAGUGGUUUUCGCACCAUCUGGCCGCCGCAGCAGGUGCCACGAGUUCUGCAGGGUCGUUCGCUUGCACACGCUGACACGCUAACCCACACUGAGGUGUUGUCGAGGGGCUCUUACGCAGGGGAUGAGGAGGAGGAGCUGCUGGAUGGUCCUGCGUCACUCUUAACAGAUGUCGCUGAGCUUGUUGCCUCACCCGCGCCGCGUGAGAUAGAGGAGUUGGCCGCACAGGAGGAGCUAAACGGGCUGAACACGAAGUCAAUCACUAUCGACCAGCUCAGCGACUGCAGUUACACAUCCUUUGCACAACGCAGCUUUCUUCUCGAAGGGGUAGUAGAGGUAACGAUGCCCAUCAGCGCCACGACGACGAAGGGGCUGUGCGCCGACACGGGCCCGCUCCUUACCAGCUGUGAAGCGCCUCUGAGCUUGCAGGCCGCUGCACCGCACUCAAUGACACUGGAAAGAAGUGCGACACCAAGCGGCUUCCAGGGCGUGGCGACGCUGGAGGUGACAGGGAUGCGCCUUCCACUCUCGCUGACAAGAGGAGAACCAUCAAUAUCUUCCCCCCCUACGCUGCAGCGCACAUUGACAAACACUUCACGACAGUCGACCGCCGAUACCAUGUCCGUCACAUCCCCUCUGCAUCCUCGACUACCCCUACAGGCGCAGCCACCACAGCAGCUCUGUGGUUCACCACCCAGCUGGGACGUCACGGCCACCUCCACACAGUCCUCGCGUGCUGCGCUCGGCUCCAAACAGGUAGCACCGCUCAUGACGUUUGCCGUGUUUGACCCCACCAUCAGUACCCCCACUUCGAGCACCUCGCUGCAAAGCUCCUGGCAGGUGGGCGGCGUUCCUCAAGCACUCUACCACAAGUCGGCUGACAAGAACCUAUCUACACAGGGAGCGGUACACGUAGACAAUGCUUCCUCUCGCCGACUGUCCCCAAACGUUAGCGAUCCUAGAGCCGGUGCGACAUACGUGGGAGUGUCCUCCACAGUGCAGUCCUUGUUGCGUGCGAGCAAGCUCGGCUCCAGUGGCUUCCUUCCCCCCCUCGCAUCGCCUAGCGCGUCGGUAGCCCUGCUGAGUGCACAGGAGGAGGUUCCACCGUCUCCGUCUCCUUUGCGUGCGUCUCUGACUAGGCGCUCUUCGAGGUUCAAUGUGUCAAGCUCUCCCCGGUCGGCCUUCAUCACUAGCGCCAACUCUACCACUGUAUCGACCUCCGCACUGCCCUACUCUCCCAUUUUGCUCUCCCCGAUGCAACCUUCUGCCACCACCCCUGCCGCACAGUAUUCCCCCCCUGGAGCACCUCGGGCACUGCGGGGCAGGCAACACGGUGUGCGAUCCCCCCUGGAGGCCAUUUGGCUGCGCAAUGAGGGCAUGUCGGUUCUCUCUGAGUCUACCCUUUCCACUGAGGGGUGUAACAAGGUCAACAGUCUGAUCUUGAACACCGCCUCUCCCACGCUCGCCGUCGCAACACGCAAUGCAGGCGUGCUUCUCGGGUCACUGCCGCAGGAGCAUUUGCAGCCGAAUGCGUUUGACCUGUCGCCCUCUCUCCCGUCGCACGAGAUAUCGGCUGCGAGGGGUGUCGAAGUCGUGGUGCCGGGCGAUGCCAUGCCGCAGACGGGACGGCAACCAGUGGGGGAACGGGAGCGGCGGUCGAUGAUUCAGCGAAUCUUCCGGGAGUCACCAAAGGGAGGGCAGCGAGUCUGGGUGAGCAUCGCGACGCCGGAGUCACACUCCUCGUCCGGUGAUAUCAGCGAAAAAUCGUGA